CGCACCGUGCAUGUCUCAAUGGUGUUUCCAGACUCUAGUUUCCAGACAACCUUAUAAAAAUUUUGUGCGGGCGACCGUCCGGAAAUUUAAAUGUCUCGUGAACACAAUUAUUGUGUGUGUUUAUUAAUUAGUGAAGUAUAGACUAAAUUCAAUUUGAAGUUGGAAUUGCUGUAAACAAUGAAGAUUAAAGGAAGACACUUCGGAUGUUUUAGUUGUGCAAAUAUUCAGCUGUUUAUACUAUGCAUUCUACACGUUCAAACGAUUCACGCCUCAGAAGGGUGUAGGAAUAAUUCAUAUUUUAAGGAACUGCAAAUUGAGCCAUUCAUUUAUAACACAAAAUCAAUCGGAAUCAAUCUUAUAUUUAAUGACACAACGCCCAUAAAAAAUGUAAAAAUAAAAAUAACAGAUUUAUGUAUAGUUGAUAACUGGGAUAAUUUUUAUCCUGAAAUUUUUUCGUCCCCAUAUCAUCUAGAAUUAAAUGAAAACUCCAAUUUAAAACUUCGUCACAAUUGUAAUUAUUCAUUAGAGAUCUUCGAUGACAAUACCAAUGAUUUUUGUUAUUCGACAUAUUUUCAAAUACCUGAUUGUGUCGAGUACAGUUGUUGCAGUCCUGAGACUCCAUUCAAAAACGUUCACAUUGAACCAGAAAAACAAAAACCCAAUUGGUAUGUUAUCACAUGGGAUAAGAUGCAUCAAACCAAAGGCGAGUUAAUAUCUUAUAAAUAUAGAGUAAAAGAUCACACAAAAGGUCAUACAAAUGAUAUAAUACCCCGACACACGAAAAAUCAUAUAGAAAUGGAAUUAAUUCGUAAUAAAACUUAUACUAUCGGAAUGAAGUACAAACCAAUGGAGACGUGCAUCUAUUUCAGUGAAAUUGAUUACAAAUUAGAAGACGAAUUAGAAUCUCAAGCUGUCGUAACAAAAGUUGCUGUUAUUAUAGGAUUAUUACUGUUAUGUUUUCUAGUUAUAAUUUAUAAUGUGAGAAAUCGCAUAUUAACAUAUACUAAAAGUUGCAUUUCAUUUAAUAAUAAUCAAUUUGAAGACCCAUCACCUGAAAAAAUUAAACUGAACGCAAAACUCUUGCCCAAUCCAUUAUAUUUGCCACUGGAGAUUGAGAUGCCACAUGAAAUAGACAGGAGGUUGCUUCACAUAGAUGGUCAAGUUGGCAGUGGUCAGUUUGGUAAAGUUUUCAAAGGAACAUUCAGUCCCAUAAAGGAAAAAGAGACAUUUACCGUAGCCAUUAAGCAAAUCAAAGACGAGGUCACUAAUGAGCUGCUCAAUGAUUUUUUGAAAGAGAUCGAACUGAUGAAGAAAAUCAAAGAUGAGGGUGGUCAAGAGAACAUUGUAAAAUUUUACGGUUGCUGUACAAAGACCGAGCCCAAUUUGAUUGUUUUGGAAUUUAUAUCAGGCGGCACUCUAAAAGCUUAUCUUGAAAAAUUGAGGAGAGAAUGGGAACUAAGACGGAAGGGACAAGUGUUUUUUCGACCCGACAUGGAAGUGUCAAAUGUUUUAAACUUCUCUAAUGGCACACCUGAAUUGCACAGUCCAGGUGAUGCAAGUCUGUGUCCUUUAUUAACUCCGAACAGGAGAGAAGACGUAACUUCAAGCGAAGCUAGUCCCACAACUGUGGUUUCAUAUAUCUUGCACACUCCUGAUCCAGUCAAACCAGACCUAAAUGAAAGAGAGCUGCACGAUUUCGCCCUUCAGAUAGCGAGGGGGAUGGAGUACCUGGAAAAAAUAGGUGUGGUUCAUAGAGACCUUGCUGCCCGAAACAUUUUAAUGACGGUCGACAGGACCCUCAAAAUAUGCGACUUCGGUUUAUCGAGGGUGGGGGUUUAUGUGUCUGCCAAAGUAAAAUUUCUACCAAUGAGAUGGAUGUCAAUCGAAUCGAUAAAAAGCAACGUGUACAGCCACAAGAGCGACGUAUGGUCGUACGGAGUGGUCUUGUGGGAAAUUGGAACUCUGGGGGCAUUUCCUUAUCAAGAAAUACCCGACGUAAGUUUCAUACAAAGUCUCGAGGACGGUGUGAGGUUGAAACGUCCCGAAAUCUGUUCGGAUGAUGUUUUCAAGUUGAUGUCCGAAUGUUGGGCGGUGAAUCCUGACGACAGACCUACGUUUAAUCAAAUCUGUCACAGUUUGUGUACGGAUAAAAAUAUUUAUAAUUUAAACAGGGUCACCUCCGAAUACACGUUUCCUCCAAUAACUGGAAGCAACGUUACGUUAGAUUAAAUUGUUAGUUUAUUAAUGUCAUAGACUGUUAAUUUAUUAAACGAAAUCGGAAACUACGUUAUAUUUUGUAAAAUAUUUUUUUAAUAAAUAUUUUUUUUAAUUUA